AUGGCUACCGAGACCGUCCCUGCCGCCAACGGCACCUACCACAACCACCACCAGGCAAACCCGUACCAGGUAGACCCUUAUGCGGCCUCCCACCAGGCGGCAAACGCCUCGAACGCACAGUAUGCGGCACAGCAGCAGGCCAACACCUCCACACAAGCUCCCGCUACUGCCCACGACUCCAAGAACGACAUCCCCAAGGACGAGGUUGGCUGGUUCUUCGUCGAGCAGUACUAUACCACCCUUAGCCGCACCCCGGAGAAGCUGCACCUCUUCUACUCGCGCAAGUCCCAGUUCGUCUCGGGUGUCGAGGCCGAGAAGGUCAACGUCGCCAUCGGCCAGCGCGCAAUUAAGGAAUGCAUCGAAGGCCUGGACUACAACAACUGCAAGGUCCGUGUUCUGAACGUGGACUCCCAGGCUUCCUUUGAUAACAUCCUCGUUGUUGUCAUCGGUGAAAUGUCCAACAACCAGGGCGCUCCUCGCAAAUUCGUCCAGACCUUCGUUCUCGCCGAACAGCAAAACGGUUACUACGUCCUGAACGACAUCAUCCGCUACCUGAAUGACGAGGAUGAAGAACUAGCUACCGAGGAGGCCCCCGCCGCCGAAGAGGCUCCAGCUGAGGAGACUCAGGCUGCUGUUCCUGUUGAAGCCGCUGCUGAUGCUGCUCCCGCUCCCGAAGCAGCCAUUGACCGCCAGGCCGACACCGAAGCCGCUGCUCAGGAGGUUGACGAGAAGCUCGAGGAGGUUGUCAACGGUGAAGCCAAGCCUGAAGCCGUUGAGGAACAGAAACCCGAGACUGCUGCCGCCGAAGAAGCUUUAAAGGAAGAGCCUGCCGAGGAGCAGCCAGCUCCAGCUGCCGUUCUCCCUGUCUCCUCUGACGCUAUCCAGCCCGAGAAGCCAAAGGAUCCAGAACCUUCCCCCGCCGAUGUCACUCCAAAGGCCCCUACUCCCGCUCCUGCCCCUAUUCCCGAGAAGAAGCCUGUUGCUGCAGUCCCUACCAAGCCCAUGAGCUGGGCCUCUGUCGCCGGAAACCGUGCUGGCGCCACUCCUACUCCCGCCGUCCCAGUUAUCCCUGCUGCUGCUCCGGCCGCCGUUGCCUCUGCUCCUGCCCCCGCCGCGGCUCCUGCUCCAGCUCCAACCCCAGCUGCUCCAGCUGCUGCCCCAACCAAGACCCAGCAGUCUACUCCUACUACCUCCGAGACUGGAGUUGAGAACCAGCCUCCAGCUCAGUCUGAAUGGCAGACCGCUGGCGCCGAGCACGGCAGAAGACAGCCACGCCAGCACACUCCUGCCCAGACCGAAGGUGUCCUCGGCUACGUAAAGAAUGUCAACGAGAAGGUCGAUGCCAGUCUCCUCCGCCAGACUCUCUCCCGUUUUGGUAAACUGAAAACUGCGCCCUUUGUCGAGUUCAGCGAUGCAGCUGCCUACAAGGCUGCCGUUGCCGCUAACCCUCACACCAUUGGAACCGAACAGAUCACUGUUGAGGAACGCCGUCCUCGUGCCAACGCUUAUGGCGGCAACGGUGGUUUCGCCCCACGUGGUGGUGCCGGCCGUGGCCGUGGUGACCGCGUCGGUGGACAGGGCCGCGGUGGUUUCCAGAAGGACUCCCGCUACAACAACCCUGCCCGUAACAGCCGUGGUGGCAGCGCCUCUGGAAGCGGCAAUGUCACUCCCAAGGGCCGUGGCCAGCCACAGGCCAUCUGA